AUGGCAGUGACAGAUCUCCUGGUUAUUAUCACGGCUGUGAUGUUCAAUCGGAUUCCUGCUACUUUUUUUCCAGGUAGUUUCCUGUUCAUUACUCCAGUGUGUAGUAUCAGCACUGCAUCAAUUUAUGCAUCAAGAGACUGUUCGGUUUGGUUAACAGUAACUUUCACUUUUGAUCGCUUCGUUGCUAUUUGUUGCCGGAAACUGAAAGCAACAUAUUGCACUGAGAAAUCGGCAACAUUGGUCAUAGGAGUGGUUUGUGCGCUGGGAUGUUUAAUCAAUAUCCCCUGGUAUUUUAUACAUGAACCUAUUUACAAAAUUGAAAAUAUCCCUUGGUAUUGCAGAAUAAAAGCUAUCCGUUAUUCUUCAGUUACAUGGCGAGCCUUUGAUUGGAUAGAUCGUAUUUUAACCCCAUGCCUUCCGUUCUUUCUGAUUAUUCUAUUCAAUGCUCUCACUGUCCGUCAUAUCGUGGUGGCCAAUAGAGCCCGCACAAGAAUUGUGGUCCGGAAAUCUGGAUAUAAUCGCGAUGACCCAGAGUUGGAGAACCGGAAAAAGUCCGUAAUUUUAAUAUUCUCCAUAUCAGGCAGUUUUAUCCUAUUGUGGAUGACAUACUUUAUACAGUUCCUAUUAGAGCAAGUAACAAAUGACUAUAUCUUGAAUGGUUUCAGUGAUCCCAAAUUUAUUUUCCGAGAAAGUUCAAAUAUGCUCCAGCUUUUGAGUUGUUGCACCAACACGUUUAUUUAUGCAGUCACUCAGAGUAAGUUCAGAGUGCAAUUAAUUAAUAUGGUGCAACAACCAUUCAUUUUACUCAGAAAAUUAUUCAAAUAA